AUGACAGAGACAUUGAAUGCCCUAGUCAAUGAUGGAUCAAGUGUAGGCGCUUAUACACUUGAUCUGAUUGCGCCUCCGAAGUUGACUUCGGAGAUCACUCAGUUGCCAACGCUCGAACAUAAAAGGCUCUUGCGUGAUCUGCGUAGUGGCAAAGUCAAGCAGAUCUGCGUACUCGUCGCUGACGACGAGUGUGUAGCCGACAUAAGGCCAGCAACAGUGUUCACUGAGAACGAGAGAGUUCUCAGUAGUUCAUCUAUGGACGAGAGUGUCCUAGAUGAAAAGACACGAGUUGAGCGAUAUGACUCCCAAUCGUGGGAAUCGCUCAAGACAAAUCCUCUCUAUGACGAUUUGGUUGAAUUCAAGGAUGUAUUCCCUGAAACUGUUCCGUGCGAGUUACCGAAGGAUAAAGGCACUCGACACAAGGUCGAGUUAGACUAG